ACGUGCGUUCAUAAACGUUGCUUAGGGUGUGGCUAACGGCUAAAGGACAGUGCGAGUGUCUCAUCAAACGGUUACUACGCUUACUGGAGUCUCGAAACGAUGUAAAAUACUUUACCGAGCUCGGAGACGUCGCUUUCGGAGAUUAGAGAAAGGAUGGACGGAGGUUUAGUGACGUUUCUUCUCGGCGUUGCGAGUUUGGUGUUGGUGACUGAUGCAACGUACUUGGAUGGAUACACGAUGACGUCGUGUACGUCUCUGGUACCUCCCGGUUCGAACCCGUCUUCCGAACAGACUGAAGACGGUGGCUACACAAUUAGUGUCAAUACAACAACAUACACACCGACAACGAUUUACACAGUGACCUUAAGUGCAACAACAGUGCGAUUCACUGCUUUUAUGGUACAAGCCCGAAGGAAGGGCACAGGGGCUACUGCUGGUAGGUUUGUAGACAGUCGCUCUGUCUUGUCAAGCAAGAAAGCUCAUACGUUGACGUGCAACAAAUCUCAGGACUCAAUAACAAACUCAAACCCAGAUGGCACGGUAUAUCCAGUAACUGUGUCGUUUUUGUGGCGUGCUCCCAAGUCUGCUUUCAUGGAUAUUUGCUUUAAGAGCUCAUUUGUAGAGCUACCAAAUAUUUGGUACAAAGCUCUGGAUGUUUGCAUCUCACCUAUUAAAAUGGCAACUCAUCCGCCUCCAACAUUGGGUGUUGUUACAACUCAAAAAGCCAGUGUUUUGAUAACCCUAGUGGCAUCAACUCAAGCAACAACUAAAAUACCGUUGAAAGUAUUAUCAACUCAGGCAGUCACUACAGUUCAGUCUACAACACGAAAACCUACAACUAUACCACCAAAUCAACCUAGGAUAACAGUCAAGCCAUCAAAGGCAGAGCUAUCCAGAGGAAGUAAAGCAGAGUUUCACUGUGAACUAUCGGGAACUCCACCUCCAACUCUGAUACAAUGGAAUCGAGAAGACACGGGUUCUGAUCUCGGCAGCAGCAAUCCUCUCGUUGUUGACAACGUCCAGUUUUCAGAUCAAGGCGUCUAUGUUUGUCAAGCUAUCGCUUCAGGAUCAACAGUUUCAAGUUUUGGAAUCCUAGUAAUCAAAGAGAAACCUGUUAUUAUGAUUCAACCGACUGGUUUGACUUUUGUGUUGGGCAAUCGCUCAGAUGAUAUUGAGCUAAUGUGUGAUGCAAAUGGAGGCAAUCCUGUGUCAGUUGUUUGGAUAAAGGACGGCAAGCCAUUGAUAGGACAAAACAAACACAAACUGACAGUGCCUUCUGUACGCACAAGUGACGGUGUGUACAACUGUAACUUUACUAAUCCUUACGGUUACACACUCUCUCAGAAUGCAGUCAUUACAGUUCAAGUAAUGCCAAGCUUUACUGUACAGCCUGAAGAUGUCUGGACAACUGCGGGUAGUCGUGCUGUGUUUGUAUGCCAAAUAGAUGGCAAUCCUGCUCCAACACUACAGUGGUACAAGGAUGGUAGUGCUCUGACUCAUCGUACAAGCAAUAUGUUGGUAAUUGCUGAUGUUGAAAAACUCCAUGAGGGUCAGUACUGGUGCAUUUCAACAAACGUUGUUGGGUCUACUACUUCACGGAAAGCUACACUGACAGUCAUUACAAAGGUUCCAACGUUUAUCCAACAGCCUCAGUCUCAGGCUGUCAACUAUGGCACUACACUGACAUUGACUUGCAUAACUCUUGCCCAUCCACCACCUAAGAUUCAGUGGUUGAAAGAUGGUGUUGUAAUUACUGGUGCUAAUGGGGAAACGUUCAUGAUUACAUCAUUCACUUAUAAUGAUGAAGGAAACUACUCAUGCAACGCAACUAACACACUUGGCUACAAUAUAUCAGCCGCAGCAAAUGUUGUUGUUUAUACAGCAACUCCAACAUUUGUUCGACAGCCUGAAGGUGGUAUUAUCCAUAUAGGCGAUCCGUUUACCUUUACGUGCAUUGCAAAGGGAGUACCAAUUCCAGAAUAUACGUGGUACAAGUCUAAUAAACUAUUAGUUGGUGCAACAUCGACUACAUUACAGAUCAAGACUGCUGGUGUGUCUGACAGCACUUUUUAUUACUGUAAGGUGACGAACAUAGCAGGCCACAAGAUAUCGAAUCCAGUAUAUCUGAUUGUCAAUCCACCGCCAACAACAGUUGCACCCACAUACCCCACAAGUAAUGCUUCAAAUGCAACAACUUUGAUGGUCAUUGCUAAUGCAUCAUCCGCAACCACUACGGAAACAACUCAAACAGAUAAGCAAAUAGAAACAAGUGGAGCACCUUCUAGACAAACUUCAACUGGAGCCUUGAAGAUAACGACGUCAACUUCACCAACUAUAAUAUCUGCUACAGCAACAAUCAAUGCUACAGCAACUUCAGGAACUGAAGGAGGUGCAUCUUCAAGUGUUCGUGUGGCAGCCAUAGUAGCUCCCAUUGUAACAAUACUGAGCCUUAUCAUCAUUUUGCUGGUCGUUCUUCUCUUGUUGCAACAUCGACGACAAAAAAGGCAAAAGUCGAAGGGUAUGGACCGACUUGCGUUGACCGAUCAUUCAGAAAUGGAUGGCAUCUCUGAACUUGGCAGCACUUCAGGAGAUAAGGUCUAUGUUGAUCCAGUCAAAGAAAGCAUCAAAUCAAGUGCAGAUUUGGAGCAGCUUCUUGGAAGAACUCCAACGUACAUACACAGAAUCAACAAGUCUUCUGCCGUGGAUGGUCCAGGUUUGCGAAGUCUCUUGGAACGAGUAACUUCUCAUCCCGAUGACUCGGAUGAGCUCAACGAAGUCAAAAAACAAUUUGAGGAUACGCCCUCCAAUAUGGUGACUAUACAGAAAACACCGGCCGGUACAGAAUCUAAGAACAGAUACAUGAAUGUUUUGCCAAACCCCCACUCUGCGGUUCGUCUGAUCCCUCUGAAUGACGAUCCGACAACCACAUACAUCAAUGCGAAUUAUGUUCGAGGCUACAGCAGAAAGAACAAAGCAUACAUUGCCACUCAAGGUCCUAUUCCUUCAACUCGAAACGACUUUUGGAGGAUGAUCUGGGAGCAGAACGUGUCCAUCAUCAUAAUGACUACUGGCUUAGUCGAGAGGGGUCGUAUGAAGUGCUGCCAGUAUUGGCCGGAUAGCCACGAGAAAGAGGCGACAUACGGAAAAUAUGUAGUGGCCGUAGUCAAUGAGUCUCAAACUGAUCAUUAUACGAUUAAAACAUUGACAGUUAGAAAGGAUGUCCAAGCAUCUGAUGAGGACGAGAGUGAGAACAACCAAGAGCAAGAGAUCAGACUCGUGAAACACUAUUGGUUCACUGCAUGGCCCGACUUUGGAAUUCCAAGAGAAACCGGUCCCAUUCUUGACUUCCUUUCUAUAAUUCAAAAGGAUUCAGCAUCUUUGCCUGGUCCGGUUUUGAUCCAUUGCAGUGCUGGCAUUGGAAGAACGGGAACGUUUAUAGGGAUUGAAAUGGGGAUGCAACAGUAUACCAAGGAAGGCUUGGUUGAUCCGUUGCAGUAUAUGUGCAGUAUGCGUCAGGACAGAGGGGGUUCUGUUCAAACUGCUGACCAGUAUCUUUUUAUUCAUCAAGCACUGGCUGACUUCAUCGCUCGUAAAGAAGCCUAGAAUGCGGUGAAAAUUGUACACAUUGAAUUUUCGGUUGUAUUUACUAUUAGACUGUCAGUUUCAUGCACUUGCAUUGUUUACGAAUAGUUAUGCUGCAAAUUUGGAUUCUA